GUUUGGCAAGAUUAAUCUGUAUUUUCUUCUUGGUUUUUGUUUGACACAAGACUUAGAAUUACAUGUGAAAGCAGUAUAUGGAGCAUUGGUGCUGAACAUUUGGCUGACUUAAGGAAUAUACUGAUUGUUACAAAAUAAGCUAUUUCUAUGGAUAGUUCUUAUUGUGCUCCUUGACAGCUUCAUGCACUUACUGUGAAAAUACAUCAAGCCAAUAUGCCACCUGAGAAAGAUCCUUACACAUUUUGGCAAGAAACUCUGCAUGGAGCAAGGUACAUUGUGGCUCCUAUGGUGGAUGCAAGUGAACUGGCAUGGAGACUCCUAAGUCGACGGCAUGGAGCACAGCUUUGUUAUACUCCCAUGCUUCAUAGUGCUUCUUUUGUCAAGGAUGCAAAGUACAGGAGGGAUGCACUGCAGUCCUGUGAUGAAGACAGACCCUUAUUCAUUCAGUUUUGUGCCAACAAGCCGGAUGUGCUUCUAAAAGCUGUGAAGAUGGUUGAGGGUCAUUGUGAUGCUGUAGAUUUGAACCUAGGCUGUCCUCAGGCAAUAGCAAAAAGGGGUCAUUAUGGAGCCUUUCUUCAAGACGAUUGGGAUCUGGUCUAUUCAUUAGUCAGGACAGUGUACGAAGGGAGCAAAUUGCCUAUCACAUGCAAGGUUAGAGUUUUCCCUGAUAUUGACAAGACGGUGAGGUAUGCCCAGAUGCUUGAGAGUGCUGGAGCUCAGAUCAUCACAGUGCAUGGUCGUACACGUGAACAGAAGGGGCGAUUUACUGGCCUUGCCUCAUGGGCUCAUGUCAAGGCUGUCAAGAAGGCUGUGAAGAUCCCAGUAUUCUCUAAUGGGAACAUCCAGUACCUGAGUGAUGUGGAGAGGUGUUUGAAGGAGACAGGAGUGGAUGGAGUAAUGACAGCUGAGGGGAACCUCCACAACCCUGCAUUGUUCCAAGGACUCUCUCCUCCUGUCUGGGAAAUGGCCAAGGAAUACAUGACCCUUGUUCGCCUUCACCCAUGUCCCAUCUCCUUCAUUCGUGGCCAUCUCUUCAAACUUUUCCAGCAUUGCAUGUUGUUGAAAGAAUGUAAGGAUUUGAGAGAUCGCCUUGCAACACGGUCCACAUAUGAAGACUUGCUAUCCAUGGUUGAAGAUGUUGAGAAGCAUUUUCAUCUUUAUCAUGAUGGGUCUAAGGAAUUGGAUCUCACAGAGGCUGUAGAAUGUGUGAAGAAGUUGAGGGAACCUAUCUGGUUGUGUCAACCUUAUGAGCGUCCUCAGUCUGACAUCUCUGAACCUCAAGCAAAGAAACCCAAGCAAGAAGAGACAUCUGAUUGUGAGGUUCUUCCUCCUGGCCUCAGCAAGAACAAGUUGAAGAAAUUGCAAAGAUAUCCCAACAAGCAAUUCAGACCUCGUGUUCUUGCUCCAAAAUGUAUCCAGUGUGCAAAUCCAAGAGGAGAAAAAUGUGAACGCAAACUGUGUCGAGUGUGCUGCAAGAGCACAUGUUAUUCUGAGUCAUUGGACUGCAAUGGCCACAGGAUUUGGAUAGGCAGCAAGAGGCAGCAAGCACUCAUCUCUACUCAACAUCAAGUAACAGUAACACUUUGACCUGUGCCAUUGUCUAGAACCUUAUUCAUUUGUUGUGGGGGAGUAAUAUGGUCACAUUGUUGUUUUUUGUUUGGAGCAAGGACUUGUGAGUAAGUGACUAAUGAAAUGAUCCAUUUUAGGACAGUAUGAAAGUCUUGCCUUUUAUUUGUUAUUCUGUGCCUUAUGAGUGAUAAUUC